UGUAACCAUGACAAGCCUCUAAAUGGCAGGUGAAAAAUGAAAUGGAGAUCCAUAGCCGUGCUGGUGCCUGAGCCGGCCAGCCGUUUGGUAUUAAAUGCCCCGAUGCCUCGGCCAUGCUGCUGCCGUCGCCUGCUAGAACCUGUGAGCUGCUAUUUGGCUGUUCCCCUUGGCCUCUCGGUAUCUCAUUGGUCGUCUUGGUGUUGGGUAAAAGAAAUCGAUUCAGUAUGAAGCCCGCCUCUACCUCUGCUCUUCUGGGAGCGCUUGUCGCUGUAACGGUCGAGGCUGCGCCAACUGUUGAUGAGCUCUACCCGUACACAGGCCCAAAAGUCCCGGUUGGCGACUGGGUUGACCCGACUGUCAAAGGCAACGGCAAGGGAUUUGUACGACUGGUAGAACCACCAGCCGUGAAGCCUGCGUCUUCAAACCCGACCAACAAUAUUAAUGUCAUUUCAAUCUCAUAUGUACCAAGCGGCAUUAAUAUUCAUUACCAGACUCCUUAUGGCCUUGGAGAGUCUCCCUCCGUCGUUUGGGGAUCUAGUGCAUCUGAGCUAAGUAAAACCGCUACUGGUAAAACUGUGACGUAUGGCCGCACGCCUUCUUGUUCGACUGCUGUAACGACUCAGUGCAGCGAAUUCUUCCAUGAUGUGCAGAUUACCAACCUAAAACCCGGGACAACCUACUAUUACCAGAUCCCAGCGGCUAACGGUACCACUGCAUCUGACGUUCUCUCAUUCAAGACUGCAAAUGAGGCAGGAGAUUCUUCAGCGUUUACUAUUGCAGUCAUCAAUGACAUGGGCUAUACCAAUGCUGCCGGAACGUACAAGUACCUCAACGAAGCUAUUGAUGGCGGUGCUGCCUUUAUUUGGCAUGGAGGCGACAUCAGCUACGCGGAUGACUGGUAUUCAGGCCUGCUCCCAUGCCAAAGUGAUUGGCCAGUGUGCUAUAAUGGCACAUCCACUCAGCUACCCGGUGGUACUGUACCAAAAGAAUAUGAUACUCCUCUUCCAAGCGGCGAGGUUCCCAACCAGGGUGGUCCGCAAGGUGGUGACAUGAGCGUAUUAUAUGAGUCAAACUGGGAUUUGUGGCAACAAUGGAUGAACCCUAUCACCCUUAAAGCACCUCACAUGGUGCUUCCGGGAAAUCAUGAGGCCAGCUGCGCGGAAUUCGAUGGCCCCGGAAAUGUCCUGACAGCUUAUUUAAACGAAGACAAGGCCAAUGGAACGGCUGCGAAGUCUUCGCUCACUUAUUAUAGCUGCCCUCCUUCACAGAGAAAUUUCACCGCUUUCCAAAACAGAUUUCGCAUGCCUGGAGAUGAGACGGGAGGAGUUGGAAACUUUUGGUAUUCUUUUGACUAUGGCUUGGCCCACUUCGUUUCCCUUGACGGAGAAACCGACUAUCCCAAUAGCCCCGAAUGGCCAUUCGCCAAAGAUGUGAAAGGAAAUCAGACUCAUCCUUUUGCUAACCAGACCUAUGUUACUGACAGUGGUCCAUUUGGCAGCGUUGAUGGUAGCUACAAGGAUAAAACAGCGUAUGCGCAAUACCAAUGGCUGAAGAAAGACCUGGAGAGCGUAGACCGCUGCAAAACGCCAUGGGUCAUUGCGAUGAGCCACCGCCCAUUCUAUAGCUCUCAAGUUUCAUCUUAUCAGGCAGCCAUCCGCGCAGCUUUUGAGGACUUGAUGCUUGAAAAUGGUGUUGAUCUUUACCUUUCGGGGCACAUCCACUGGUAUGAACGCCUGCUUCCCCUUAGAAGCAAUGGCACUAUCGACGAAGUCUCUGUUAUAAACAAUAAUACCUACUGGACAAAUCCCGGUGUUUCAAUGGCUCAUAUUAUCAACGGAGCUGCGGGAAAUAUCGAGAGCCACAGCACUCUGGGCUCGGACCCGUUAUUGAAUAUCACUACUUACCUUGACCAAACCAACUAUGGAUUCGGCGGAUUGACUGUUCAUAAUGCUACAACCCUUUCAUGGAGCUACAUCCAUGGCUCUGACGGCACGGAGGGUGAUAAGCUUACUUUAUUGAAGAGAAGUGCUUCUGCUGGGACUUGUAGUUCUACGAGCAGCUCCUCUGCAGUUGUUUCGUCAGUUUUGAGCACAGCAACGUCUACCUCGGCGUCUAUCGCAGUAUCUGUGUCUGUGCCUUCAGAGGCAACCACCGUAACGGAGGUUGUUACGAGCUACACAACAUACUGCCCAGGUAGCACGGUUUUCACAGCUGGAUCCAGUACUUAUACGGUCACAGAGGCUACGACCCUCACUAUCACUGAUUGUCCUUGCACAUUAACUCACACAGUCUCAAAUGGGGCCACAAUCACUUCUGAAAGCCUUCUGGUCACUGUUACGACUGCUGCUGAAUCUGCAGCUGGCUCUUCUGUGAACACGAACUGGAAUACCACCGUGCCUACUGGAGGAGCAUCGCCAGCAACCACAACUGGAGGCAUACUCGCUCCCACGGUGCCAGUUAGCAGCAGUGGAUACCGUGUAAUAGCUUUGCCAAGCCUUAGUAGUGUUUUGCUAGUCUUAUUAUUGUCGUGGUAGUUUAAUCGGCAAACGCAAAAAUGCUGCAAUACUAGCUUAUAUAAACCACUUUAAUAUAAUAUCCUUUUUUUUCUUAUAUUUUAAUAAAUAAUAAAUAUACUU